AUGUGUGCAAGGAAGUUAAAGUAUGCGGCAGGUGAUGACUUGCUCUUAUAUGCAACACCAAAAGAGGCCAUGCAAAAUACAAAAAGGAAUGAGGAAGACAAAAAACCUAGAGUGAGGAAGCCUAAUGUUAGGACUCCUUCAGAGCCUGGUAUGGGUCAGCCGAUGCCCACUGGGAGAUCUUCAGGAGACUAUGUUCAUGGUGCUUCAUAUGUACCGAAACAUCAGUCGUUAUCACAACCACAACUACAACAGAUGCCGAUCCCAAAUGCAUAUUCAUCCUCCAAGACAAGACCAAUACCACAGCAAAUGAUAGGAAAUCCGGUACAAAAUUUGAGAGGUAACAACUAUGGCGGACAAGGAAGGAUAGUGUCAUCUCCACCGGCAAUGGUUCCACCAUCCGCUGCCAUGCAGAGAGCUCAGGCCCAGGUGUCACAUACACCGCCUAGAAUAGCUAAUAAGUCACCAGAAGUUGCACAAAAUGCGAUGCUUUCUCGAACAAAAGGGGCAUUGCGAGAUUCAUCCCAAACAUUGAGUGAAGAGGAUGCCAAGGAUACGAGAAUAGCAAUUCAACUAUUUCAUAACCAUGAUGUGCGAGGAAAGGAAAGGCUAACUGCAGAAGAGUUGCAAAAUCUUCUACAGAAUGAUGAUAAUACACAUUUUUGUAUAUCGGCUGUGGAUGCACUAAUAAAUCUGUUUGGUGCCACUCGAUUUGGGACAGUUAAUGAAUCAGAGUUUAUCUCUUUAUAUAAGAGGGUGAAGAAAUGGAGGAAGAUAUAUGUGGAUAAUGAUAUUAAUGGCUCAUACACGAUCACAAUGAGCGAGUUUCACAACUCCCUACAGGAAUUAGGUUAUAUGGUACCAGUUGAGGUAAGUGAAAAGCUCUUCGAUCAGUAUGCAGAGUUUAUAAAUCCUGCAAAUAAUGCGAAGGAGUUGAAGUUUGACAAGUUCGUCGAAGCUCUGGUUUGGUUAAUGAGAUUGACUAAAUUGUUCAGAAAAUUUGAUAAAAACCAAGAUGGUGUAGCACACAUACAAUAUAAAGAAUUCAUUGACGUGACAUUAUAUCUAGGUCGGUUCUUACCCCACUAA